AUGGCGUUGCCUAAGAGAAUCAUCAAGGAGACCGAGCGUCUGAUGGCAGAGCCGGUCCCGGGCAUCAACGCUGUUCCUCACGAAGAUAAUUUGCGCUAUUUCGAUGUCUCAAUCCACGGACCCGCCCAAUCUCCAUAUGAAGGCGGUAUCUUCAGACUCGAGCUCUUCCUGCCGGACGAUUAUCCUAUGACCCCUCCCAAAAUCCGUUUCUUGACUAAGAUCUAUCACCCCAACAUUGACCGUCUGGGUCGCAUCUGCCUGGAUGUCUUGAAGAGUAAGGCCAUUGAAUCCGGGGUUUCCGAUUGCGUAUAUCUAACCGUCAUGUCUAGACAACUGGUCUCCCGCCCUCCAGAUCCGCACGAUCCUUCUGUCCAUCCAGGCCUUGCUUGGAGCCCCGAACCCCGAUGA